AAAAUAUGACGUGUUUAUCGAGAUUGUAAGAUUAGCCUAUGGAUUUGCAAAAGCUGGGGGCGAAAAUGAUUAAAAACAAAUUGGAGUACAUAAAGAGGAAGAUUUAUGGCAACUUAAGUACGGCAAAGUUCUUCAGUCCAAUUUAAAGAUAAAAAACAAAGGGACACAAGUUUUAAUUAUAUUAAUUACACUGAAAUGCUCAGAGAAGAAAAGAUUCGACUUUUAACUUUCAUUGAAGUUUAUUCAAAAUUGAAACGUUCUGCUGUUAUUUUGGCUGCUCUUGGUUUUUCAUACAUCAGAGGAAAUGAAAGUCACCAAGAAGGCAUCCAGUGUUACUUCUGUCAUGUGUUUUAUCCUAUUGAUGUUGAAGACUUAGCGCAUGACCCUGAUUGCUGUAUGAUAAAUGAAAAUGCCAGCGGCAACAUCCCUUAUCAAACAGAUAGACAGUUUUGUUCAAAUUUCUCAGAACUAUGCGCAAAUAUAAAUACAGAAACGGAGUUCAUCAACGUUGCUGCUGAUUCUAGGCAUUCUGAAAAUAGGUUAAUCAAUAUCUAUAACAACCAAUCACAAUCAGAAAACAGUUUAAAGUCUGCAAGAUGUUCUUAUUUCAAUGAAUUUAAAAAUGCAAACAGUUAUUUGAUUGAACAACCUAUAACAUGCACAGACUAUGGACAAUCUGCUAAUUCUAUAAAAUUAGAUCCAGAAUGCACGUCUCGUCAGCAGGGCUUACAAAGUCGGGAAAUCAAUGUUUUAGGGAGUGUAUCGACACCUGUAAAUCCAGCUAACGCGCCUGCCUAUCUCACCCCUGAAGCCAAUCAAAGAUCUCUCACAUCCAUAAAACAAACCCAACCAACCGGCACCAACCACGCCCAGCAAGAACCAGCAGCCAACAGACCGGCCGGACGACGGCCUGGGCACACCCCGACCUACAGCGAGCUGGGCAUCAUCACAGAGAGACCCAAGCGAAACGACUACGCCCUGAAGAUCAAGCGACUUGAGAGCUUCGAAUCCUGGCCCAGAGGGCACCACCUAACUCCUAACGAACUGGCAGAUGCUGGCUUCUACUACACUGGUUAUGGUGACGGUGCCCGAUGUUUCUUCUGUGGUGGAGGUCUGAGGAACUGGGAAGACGAGGACAACGUGUGGGUAGAACAUGCCAGAUGGUUCCCUAAGUGUGCAUUCAUACGUCAACAGAAGGGUCAAAGAUUUAAUGAUGCGGUAAAGGAUCUGAACGAAAGAGGAGGGCAGAUAACGUAUGAGAUGGUGAUGACUAAGAUAAAAAGAGUAAUGUACAGAGUUAAAGUUGUUACCUCACUGGAUAAAUUAGUGGAAGAAGGAAGAGAAAUAUUGUCACUGAAUGCCAACACUCAGCUGGUUUCACCGGUGGCGAACCAACCAUCUCAGCAGAAAGUGUGUAAGAUCUGUAUGGACAAGAAGGUGGCUGUCGUCUUUGCGCCCUGUGGUCAUCUGGUGUCCUGUGCUGAUUGUGCUCCUGCUAUGAGAAUUUGUCCUGUCUGUCUCCGGAACAUAACCAGAACCAUCCAAGUGUUCACCUAUUAGAGGAUUUUAUUUUAGUAAACAUUUUAUUGGGGUAUUAGACACUCCAGUUACUAUUGUUUGUUUAAGGUGUCUACCACUGUAGUUUCUUCACAAGCACUUCGCCUACGAAAACUCUACUUGCAAAUUAAAGUUAUAAUUCUGAUUAGUUUCAAUGAUAAUAUAAUAUAAUUUUUGUUUUAAAUACACUGCGCCAAUCAUUCUAAAUGUUUAUUAAAACAUAUUUAAAGAAUGAUUAUUUUUAUAGGCUUCCUAAAAUACUAGUCAGGCAUCUUAAUUUUCAAAAUAAUUGUCUUUUUAUCAGCUUCUGUCCUAUUUUAGCGAAAGCAUAAUCAAACACAAUAUUCAAUUAAUAAUUAACAGCAUCAGCACCCCUGAAGCUUUAAUGGGGUCGUUGAGGAACCACAGUUCAACUUAUAAUUCUCCACCAUCUAUCUCUGUCCUCUGCCAUUUUGAAUAUUCCGGGGCUGUCAGUCCCGUUCAACCCUUGAUGUCAUCCAUCCAGAUUUUCUU